AUAUUGAUUUAUGUUUUUUCUAUGUUUAUCUUAUUUUUUUUUAGAUGGGUAUGUGCAUCAGGUUUGGCAAGUGAUUUACAAGAGACGGAUAAGAUUGCUCAAAAUGUUAUUAAAGAUCUUAUGUCAAAUAAGGAUACUCCGAAUAAUGUUCUUGAACAAUAUAAUAAUAAUUUAAAAUGGAUACAAGAAGCUGAAAAUGCAAAAUUAGUUGUUGGUUCUCAAGCACGAAUUUUAUAUUCUGAUCAAAUGGGUAGAAUUAAUAUUGGAUUAGCAUUUAAUCAAGCUGUACGAACAGGUCAAUUAAAAGGACCAAUUAUUUUAGCAAGAGAUCAUCAUGAUGUAUCGGGUACGGAUUCACCUUUUCGUGAAACAGCAAAUAUUGAAGAUGGAUCUGCAUUUUGUGCAGAUAUGUCUAUACAAAAUGUCAUUGGUGAUUCUUUUCGUGGUGCAACAUGGGUUGCAGUACAUAAUGGUGGUGGUGUAGGGUGGGGUGAAGUUAUGAAUGGUGGUUUUGGUAUGUUUCUUGAUGGAAGUAUAAAAGCUGAUGAUAAUAUUCGACAUAUGUUAUAUUGGGAUGUAAUAAAUGGUGUUAGUCGUCGAUCAUGGUCAGGCAAUAGAAAUGCUCGUCAGACAGUAGAACAAGCUAUGGCUAAUGAAUCAAAACUUAAAGUGACAAUGCCAAAUGAAUUGGCUGAAGAAUGUAUGAAGAAGUUAUCCUUAUAA